CGAUUAGUAUAUAUAUUGGCCAGAAUUCUUCUAAAAUUCAUCAGUUUCAUCGUAAUUCUAGAAAAUUCAGUUUUCUCUGAUUUGAGAAAAUGAAGUUCUUCCUUGCUGCUGUGCUCUUUGCCUCUGCGAUCCUUGUUGAAUUAGGUUCAUCGUUACCAAUUGACGACCCUGCUACUAAUGGUCUGCCAAUCGAUCCUAAGAAAGCUCAACAAUUGAAAAAUCCUGGGUCUUUAUCACAGCCAAUUGAAAAUGCUUCUACUGAUGAUCUUCCCAGCGAUGCUAAACAGGCUGAUCAAUUGAAAAAGCCAAGUGGCGAUUCUCUUACCACUGCUCCUGCCAGCGAUCCUAAACAGACUAAACAAGUGAGAAAGCCAAUUGACGAUUCUUUGGCUGAUGAUUCUGCCAGCGAUCCUAAACAGACUAAACAAGUGAAAAAGCCAAUUGACGAUUCUCUGGCUGAUAAUCCUGCCAGCGAUGCAAAGAAGGAUGAACAAUCUGGAAAACCAGGACCAUUGAAAAAGCCUGUCCAAUCUGAAAACGCUGUCCCUAAAAAUCAUGAAAAUAAACAUAAACACACAAAACCUAAACGUAAACACCAUGGACAUCAUGGACACAAUAAACACCAUGGACACCACGGCCAUAAAGUACACCAUGGAAAUCAGGGACCAUCUGACAAACCAGAAAAACCAGUACAACCAGGAAAACCAGCAAAGCCAGUAGAACCAGAACAACCAGGAAAGCCAGUAGAGCCAGAUCAAGAAGGAACCCCAAUACAGCCAGAUCAACCAGCACAAUCACCAAAAUCUGGAAAAUCAGGACAAAAAGGAAAUCCAGAAAAAAUAGGUAAGCCACAAGUACCACAACAACCAGAACAAUCAGGAAACCCAGUGGAACCAGAUCAACCAGCACAAUCUGGAAACUUAGUAAAACCAGAUCAACCAGCACAACUGCCAAAAUCAGGAAAAUAUGGACAGCCAGGAAAACCAGAAAAAUCCGGAAAACCAGUAGAACCAGAACAACCAGAACAAUCAGAGAACCCAGUUGAACCAAAUCAACCAGCAAAAUCUGGAAAUUCAGUACAACCAGAUCAACCAGCACAACUGCCAAAGUCAGGAAAAUCAGGAAAACCAGUAGUACCAGCACAACCAGAAGAAUCAGGAAACGCAGUUAAAGCAGAUCAACCAGCACAAUCUAGUAACUUAGUACAACCAGGUAAAACACAACUGCCAAAAUCAGGAAAAUCAGGAAAACCAGUAGUACCCGAACAACCAGAACAAUCAGAAAACCCAGUUGAACCAGAUCAACCACCAAAAGCGGGAAACCCAGUAGAAUCAGAUCAACCUGCACAAUCACAGCAACUUGGAAAAGCAGGACAACCAGGAAAAACUAAAACACCUGGAAAAACUGAAAAGUCGGGACAAAUUGGAACAACUCCGGUCAAACCAGACGCAUCUGAAGAUGAGCAGUAAGCGUUUUUUUGAAUAAUCAGAGGGUCCACGAUUACGCUUUGCUUUGUAAAUUUUGAUCAUAUUUCUUAUUUGGACCUUUUGUAAAGAAUCUGAUAUUGUUUAAAAUAAAAACAUUAUCAAAGAAAAA